AUGAUACCCACAACAACAACUAUAAUCGGUAUAAUCGAGUACCGAGUAGUUGAGGUGAAAAAGCCAUGGGAUGAGGCGCAGAAAUAUUGCGAAGAUCUUGGCGAACAUUUGGCAGACAUAAAGUCAGAGGCGGAGGAAACAUUUCUAGAGAGAAACGUCUUUCACGGAUACAAUACGAGCAUCUGGCUAGGUGCAACAGAUGUUGAAAGUGAAGGAACAUUUGUCUGGUGGGAUGGAACUAAUGUCUCUGACUUUUACGUCAACUGGUCGCCUUCACAACCGAAUAAUUACGAUGGAAUGGAACAUUGUUUGAAGAGUGCGAAAGUAAAAGAUAGGUGGCAAUGGCGUGAUGGGAAAUGUUUUACAAAACUGUUCAGUUUAUGUGAAUUCGACUAACUCCCACACGAUAAGAUAUGGCAAUGUUUAAAUUCUAACAAAGUGUAAAUUAUCACAGUUGCAGUUAUGAGACUAUUUUGAGUUCUUUUUAACGAUGUUCGCACAACUAUUUAUAUGCCUAACUAUGGAUCAAUGUAACUAUUUUACCAAGCAAACAUAAACGCUUACGCAUCCCUGUUUUUACAUUACUAGAUUUGUAGUUACCGCGGUCUUGGAUCAAACUGUUUCAUUUUAGCAUAGAAACGUAUUUUGAAUGACCCUUACACAAAUUCUACGAUACGCUUUAUUGUGAUAAAUAACAUUUUGCUACUUCCAUUGUCCAGUAGAUUGCCUUUAGUAAGAUGCAAUUAUCCAAUGUCUUUAAUAAAAUAUAAUUCAUUAAAAUCUUAUAAAGAAAAUUGUAUUCAAAGCGAUUUUGUAAAACUGCAGUAUCC